AUGGCUACCACCACAGCAACUGAAAUCACAACUUCUUCAGCUUCCUCAGCGUACGAUCGAGAAGUGGAACUCAAAGCUUUCGACCAAACAAAAGCGGGUGUCAAAGGCCUCAUCGAUGUCGGAAUCACACAGAUCCCCCGCAUCUUCAUCCACCCACCGGAAACCUCCACCAAAACAACCAUGGCUUUGGAGAUUCCAGUCGUAGACCUUGGAUCCACAGAUAGAGCAUCAACGGUGCAGAAGAUCCAUGCAGCCUCGGAGAAUCUUGGGUUUUUUCAAGUGGUGAAUCACGGGAUCCCUGUGAGUGUUAUGGACGAGAUGCUUCAAGGAGUUCGUAGAUUUCACGAACAAGAUGUGGAGGUGAAGAAAACGUUUUACACGAGGGAUGUUUCGAGACCAGUGGUGUAUAAUUGCAAUUUCGAUCUACUCAGUUCCCCCACAGCCAACUGGGGAGACACCUUUUAUUCAUUUAUGGCUCCAUCACCUCCGCCACCUGAGGAAUUGCCGGAGGUUUGCAGAGACAUACAAAUAGAUUACUCGAAUCGUGUGCUAAAACUUGGCAGCUUACUGUUCAUGAUUAUCUCCGAGGCCUUGGGGUUGAACGCAAGUCACCUGGGAGAUAUGGACUGUGACAAGGUGCUUUUAUUCGCCGGCCAUUAUUAUCCAGUUUGUCCACAGCCAGAGGUAACCAUGGGUACAGCCAAACACAGAGAUGGUGGAUUCAUAACUGUGCUUCUACAAGAUGAAAUGGGAGGACUUCAAAUCCUCAAUCAAAACCAAUGGAUUGAUGUUCCUCCAAUUCGUGGUGCGCUUGUGAUCAACAUUGGAGAUUUAUUACAGAUGAUGUCAAAUGACAAACUGAGGAGUGUGGAGCAUAGAGUGGUGGCAAAUAAGAAUAGGCCGAGAGUUUCGGUGGCAUGUUUCUUCGGCUCCUCCGUAGAACCAUCACAGAAGGUGUACGGACCUAUCAAGGAACUUGUUUCAGAUGACAACCCUCCGAGGUACAGAGAAACCACCGUUCAUGAGUACAGUCAAUAUUCAUUAUCUAAGGGCCUCGAUGGUGUUCCUCGUUUGCUUCAUUUGAAGCUUUAG